AUGAAUACCAAAAUCGAUACAGCGAGGUUUUACUUUGAGUACAAAGGACAUCCGAUCGAAGACGUGGCCACCUUCUUGGACAUCACCACCACUCACCGUCCCGGCGCGCCCAUCGUCUACCUGGCGGGCGACUCCUCGCUCGACAACAAGUACUGGCUGCCUGCCGGCCACGGCGCUCCCGACUGCGUGCCGGCCAUCUACCAGCUGGCGCUGCACCCGGCGCGUCCCAAGUGCGACGUCGCCUUCUGGCUGAACCGGCGGCUGGGCGCGCGCGCCACGGCGCUGAACCUCGCCGUGGAGGCGUCGCUGCUCCGCGAGCGGCACGGGUCGUCCGCGCUGCUGCUCGCGCACGACGCGUUCAUCCGGGACCACAUGACGGCCGACGACGUGCUCGUCGUCUCGGUCGGGGCCAACGACAUUGCGCUGCGGCCGACGGCGCGGACCGUGCUGCACAUGCUGUGGCUGGCGUGGCUCACGCCGCUGUCGUCGAUCCGCAGCGGCCGCGCGUGCGCGCUCCGGUACUUUGUCCGCAUGUUCAGGGCGCAGACGGAGGCGUACGUGGAGAAGCUCGUGGCGGCGCGCAGGCCCCGCGCCGUCGUUGUCUGCAUGAUUUACUACCCGCUCGAGGCCCGCGCCGGCUUGCCGCCGAGCUGGGCCGACAGGGCGCUCGCGGCGCUCGGGUACGACAGCCGCCCGGAGAGGCUGCAGGCCGGCAUCCGGCAACUGUACGAGCAGGCGACGCGCAAGAUACAGAUUGAGGGGGUGCAGGUCAGGACGUGCGCGCUGUUCGAGGCCAUGGACGGCAAGAACGUGGAGGACUACGAGGAGAGAGUCGAGCCGAGCGUAGAGGGCGGACGGAAAAUGGCUGAGUUGUUGGGUCCACUGAUUGAACAAGUGCUUCAAAACACUUGA